ACUAUAAAGUGGUAUAUACAGACGCAAAACACAAGAACCGCGCACUGAAAAUCGCAGUAUCCUCGAACGAUCGAGCUAACAAUAAAGAAGAAACGGCGGCUGUUCCUAACUCAUGGACUCCGACUCACCCAACCGUAGCAGCGCGUUAACGGACACGCGCUUCUCCGAUCUCAACCCUUCACUCUCUGACCCGGUCCUACAGGCCCUAACCCAAGCUGGCUUCGAGUUCUGUACGCCGGUCCAAGCCGCCACCAUCCCCUUACUAUGCAGCUACAAAGACGUGGCCGUAGACGCCGCCACCGGCUCAGGUAAAACCCUAGCCUUCGUGGUCCCACUCGUUGAGAUCCUCGGCAGAACCAAAACCCAUCCUAAACCCCGCCAGGUAAUGGGGAUAAUUAUCUCGCCCACCAGGGAGUUAUCGUCGCAGAUAUAUGAUGUUGCGCAGCCUUUCGUUUCGACACUACCAAAUUUUAAGUCUGUGUUACUCGGGGGAGUGGAAGUGAAAGCUGACCUGAAGAAAAUAGAAGAGGAAGGAGCUAAUUUAUUGGUCGGCACUCCGGGCAGAAUAUACGACAUCAUGGAACGCGUCGACGGCUUGGACUUUAGGAACCUCGAGAUUCUGAUUUUGGAUGAGGCUGACAGGCUAUUGGAUAUGGGGUUCCAGAAGCAGAUUAAUUCCAUUAUAUCUCGCUUACCAAAGCUUCGUAGAACUGGUCUUUUUUCAGCUACUCAAACCGAGGCGGUUGAAGAGCUAUCUAAAGCAGGGCUGAGGAAUCCUGUAAAGGUUGAAGUUAGGGCAGAAACAAAGCUGGUCAAUGGUCCUUCAUCAUCAGGACAACUUAACUUUUCAAAAACACCUUCAGGCCUUCACAACGCGUACAUGGAAUGUGAAGCAGAUAAGAAACCAUCCCAGCUUGUUGAUCUUCUUAUCAAGAACAAGUCAAAAAAAUUAUAAUGUAAAUAUUACAUGACUUGUGCUUGUGUUGAUUACUGGGGAGUCGUUCUUCCACGCCUUUCUGUUUUGAAGGGGUUCUCUUUGAUCCCGUUGCAUGGCCAGAUGAAGCAGACUGUGAGGGAAAAGGCAUUAGCUUCAUUUAAAGCUCUUUCAAGUGGUAUUCUUUUAUGUACUGAUCUUGCAGCACGUGGACUUGACAUUCCAGAUGUUGAUUGUAUCCUGCAGUAUGAUCCUCCUCAAAACCCAGAUGUUUUCAUACACAGAGUCGGCCGAACUGCCCGGAUGGGUAGACAAGGAAAUGCCAUUGUUUUUCUAUUGCCAAAGGAGGAAGCUUAUGUAGAAUUCCUACAUAUAAAAAGGGUUUCUCUUGUAGAGAGGAAAUGCUCAGAUGAGGCUCCUGAUGUUGUUCCUCAGAUCCAGUCUGCAGCGAAAAAGGACCGUGAUGUCAUGGAGAAAGGAGUCAGGGCAUUUGUUUCAUAUAUUCGUGCAUAUAAGGAGCAUCACUGCUCUUAUAUUUUCAGGUGGAAAGAGCUUGAAAUUGGGAAAUUGGCCAUGGGCUAUGGCCUAUUGCAGCUCCCUUCAAUGCCUGAAGUAAAGCACCACUCACUUUCAACUGAGGGCUUUACUCCAGCUGAAAACAUCAAUCUGAAGGAGAUCAAAUAUAAAGAUAAAUCUCGUGAGAAACAAAGAAAGAAGAAUCUGCUAGCAAAGAAAGAAGCACAACAGCGAGAACCAAAACCCGAUAAGCCCAAGAAAACCCCAAAGCCUGCAGCUACCAUCAUGAGGAAGAAAACAGCUAAACAGAGACGUGCUGCCCAGACAAUUGAAGAUGAAGAUGAUUUGGCACGAGAAUACCGCCUGCUGAAAAAGCUUAAAAGGGGAGCUAUUGAUGAAAGUGAAUUUGCUAGGUUAACAGGAACUGACGAGUUACUUUGAAGUGCGUGAUGAUUGUUCCUGUUCAGGCAAAAGAUUCGGCAAGGCUAACCGAUGCAACAGGUAUGGGAAAAACAUUGCAGAUGAUGGAAGGAGCUUUUUUACUCGGGUUUACUUGUGUCUUUCAGAGCUGGAGGCUGUCCAGGAGUGUUGACACCGGUUAUGAGAUCUCGUCACUGAAUUUCGCACCCUCUCUCUCACUAACAAAUGCAACCCUUUCCCUUUUUAUGUAUUUUUUUUUAGCUUAUAUGUCCUGCUUUUAAGUAUCUUUGGUCUUUGUUUAAUCGGACUUGGAGAUUGUAGCAUGAAUCGAGAAUUGUAGGGUAAUAAGGAGUAA